AUGGACGACGAAGAGAUACCAUCCCUCUUCCACCAAGGCUCCCUCCAAUCCGGCAUCGCCCUCGCCAUCCAACAGCGCAAACUCGUCGCCUGCUUCAUCUACUCCCCCGACGACCACACCUCGCACGUCUGGGAGCACUACUGGCUCGCCAAUGAAUCCCAACCCACCGAUAUCGUCUCCUCCGACACACCACCUUUAGGGCUCUUGUUGAGCGAGAAGGCUGUGCUGCUGAAGAUGGAGCUGGGGAGUCAGGAGGCUGGGUUUCUGAAGGCUUUUGUGGAUAUUACAAAGGCACCGACGAUGGUGGUGGUGCAUAACGGGAAAGUGCUCGAGAAGGUUGAGGGGGAGGUGGGGAGGGAGGAGUUUACGGAGAGAUUGUUGAAGGCUGUGGGGUUUGGGGCUGGGGAUCAGGGGAAGAGGGAGCCUGAAGGGCCGCCUGAUGGGUUGAACGAAGAGGAUACGACCGACUCUACUGCGCAGCAGGCUACUGGCGGACAGAGCUCGACUGCACAGCCUGGACAGGCCCAAGCGACGACCCCAGCAGCUGCUUCGACAACCUCCGGUACCCCGACACAACAAGCUCAGUCCUCCGCAGAGAUUCAGGCAAUGCUUUCGGAACGAGGGAAGCGAUUGGAAGCCGAGCGCCUACGCAGAGAAGCGACGGAGAAGGCAGAGCGAAUCGCUCGAUCCAACGCCCGCCGCAAGGAAGAGGAAGACGCAGCGGCGGCAGAAGGGUACGACGGCAAAGGCAAGCAACGAGCUACAUCGGACCAGAAAGACAAGCAACAAGCGCGAGAUGCCUGGAUAUUCCAGCAGAAGCAGCGCAAAGAUGAAGCCAAGAAGGAAAGGGAACGAAUACUGGCACAGAUAGAGAACGACAAGCAGGAACGCAAAGCCCAGGCACAACGGAAAAAGGAUGCUGAGGCGGCUGCUGGAGCCGGUGCCUUCUCUGACAUGCCUACUACUUAUCCGAGCAGUGUCAGAUCUGCUCGUCCAACCGCUAAUCACACCACCUGCGCUCUCCAAGUCCGACUUUUUGACGGCUCCAGUAUCAAAGGCAAAUUCGACCCCAACGCUGACAUCGCCGACGCCGUCCGCACGUGGGUCAAGGAGGCCAGCCCAGAGGGCGGUGCAGACAUCCCGUUCACCUUCCGCCAGAUCCUUGCUCCCCGGCCGAGUCGGACCAUUGAGAUCAGCGAGGAGCACCAGAGCCUUCUCGAGCUAGGUCUGGUACCAUCAGCAACACUGGUCCUCGUCCUCGUCGCCGGCGCCACGAGCGCGUACGCCAGCAACAGCAGCGGCUACGUCAGCUCUGCCUACAGCACCGCCUCUUGGGCGGCAAGCGGGGUCUUUGGUCUUUUAGGCAGCGCAUGGAGCUAUGUGCCCAGUUUGGGCGGUGGCAGCGGACCGUACAUGGGCGGCACGGGUGACGAGCAGGACAUGAGUAACGUCGUUGGUGCGAAUAUGGCGGACAGUGACUCGGCGCCCUCUGGAGCGGCGGUGAGAAGGGUACAGGGGCUCGGUGAUAGGAAAAAGGAUGACGACCGGGUGACUACGUUCUACAACGGCAACAGCUCGGCUUUCGAGGGAAGGAAGGGAGAUGAUCAGGAUGGGAAAGAUGAUGGGAAGUGA